CAACCUGCUUCCCGAGAGUGUGGGAGACAGGCCAGGCAAAGACAGAGAUCGCCCCCUCCCCUCAACAACUAGCUAGCUAGUGAGUUGGCUUACUGAAGCCGUGGGGAGAGCCCCUGCCUCAGUGGCUACGGUGGAGGGUCACUGAGUCUUGUGUCAGGAACAGGUGUCUACACAUAUGCCAUGGGAAAAAUACAUAAAUAAAUAAAAUUAAUGUAUAGACAGAAAUGAUCAGAAAAAAGUUAAAUUUAUUUUAAAAAGAAAAAGAAAGAAAAAAGAGAAAACAAUGGGACAUUAUCCCAGUAUGAAGGCACACCCUUGUCACCCCAGCACACAGGAGGCUGAGGCAGGAGGAUCAGGAGUUCAAGGUCAUCCUUAUGUGGUGAGUUCAAGGCCAGCCUGGGCUACCUGAGGCCCUGAUUAACAUGAACACACACACACAGACCCUCUACCACAUCAAGGAGGAAAUCCAGGCAGGACAUAAUGAAUCAGGUCACAGGCUCUGUGGCUCGAAGCCUGGUGGCUGUCACUCAGGCCUCUUCCAGGACCCUCAGCAGGCAGUGGGUGGCAGCUGGCUUCCCGUGCCUGCCGAGAGACCCCUGCAUAGUGCCUCGAUGCAAACUCUCCUGGGCCCCCAACCUGGAAGGAGGAAGUGGGACACCCAGCCUUCAGCCACUGUUCAACGGCUCCCCAGAGCUGGAUUAUAAGAGGGGUUCAGCAAGCAGCGCCCCAGGAGCCUGGCCAUGGCCGGAAGUCACCGAUCCCUCAGCCUGGUCCAUCCCUUCCUGCUGCUCGCCCUGGUCUUCGGUGGCGGAGCUCAGGCCUCUCAGAUUGUGGGUGGGCACGAGGCUCGGCCCCAUUCUCGACCUUAUGUGGCAUCCCUGCAGCUGAGCCGGUCCCCUGGGAGCCACUUCUGUGGUGGCACUCUGAUCCACCCGAGAUUCGUGCUGACCGCUGCCCACUGCCUGCAGGACAUCCCCUGGCAGCUCGUGACGGUGGUGCUGGGUACCCACGACCUGCAAAGCCGGGAGCCUGAGCAGCAGAAGUUCACCAUCACGCAGGUCUUCCAGAACAACUACAACCCCGAGGAGAGCCUCAAUGACGUGCUGCUUGUUCAACUGAACCGGCCAGCCUCCCUGGGCGAGAAGGUGGCGGUGGCCUCUCUGCCCCAGCAGGGACAAUCGCUGUCCCAGGGCACCCAGUGCCUGGCCAUGGGCUGGGGCCGCCUGGGCACCCGGGCGCCCACGCCACGCGUGCUGCAGGAGCUGAACGUCACGGUGGUCACCUUCCUAUGUCGGGAGCACAACGUAUGCACGCUGGUGCCGCGCCGGGCAGCUGGCGUUUGCUUUGGAGACUCGGGGGGCCCCUUGAUCUGCGACGGCAUUCUUCACGGGGUCGACUCCUUCGUGAUCCGGGAAUGCGCCUCCCUCCAGUUCCCCGAUUUCUUCGCCCGGGUGUCCAUGUACGUGGACUGGAUUCACACGGUGCUGCGGGGCGCGGCGCCCGAGCAGCCCUCUGCGCUCCGCACAGCCUGACCGCGCGACGGCCUGGCCUUUCCCGUGCUAGACCGCCCCGCACCCCCGGAGUGCAGCCAGCUGCGUCCCCGGUUCCACGCGACCCCAAUAAACCUGAGACGUAUUUAAAA